AGCUAAACAACGACGACACUCUCCACUCUCUCUCUCUCUCUCAAUCUCAAUCUCACGUCAACGACCGUCGCCGUCACCGGAAAAACGAGUCUCGUCGUCUUGAACAAUGAUCCCUUACGCGACGGUUGAAGAGGCGUCAAUGGCGUUAGGUCGAAACCUCACGAGGCUCGAGGUUGUGUGGUUCGAUUACUCCGCCACAAAGUCCGAUUACUACCUCUACUGCCACAACAUUCUCUUCCUCUUCCUCAUCUUCUCCCUCGUUCCUCUCCCUCUCGUCAUCGUCGAAUCCUUGCGAUCUGCAUCUGGCUGGUUCGAUCGGUAUAAGAUUCAGCCCAAGGUGAAGAACUCGUUCUCCGAUAUGUUCCGGUGUUACAGAGACGUCAUGAAGAUGUUCCUUCUCGUCGUUGGCCCCUUGCAACUCGUUUCUUAUCCUUCGAUCCAGAUGAUUGAGAUUCGAAGUGGAUUGCCAUUACCAUCUUGUUUGGAGAUUGUAGCACAGUUAGUGGUUUACUUCUUGGUAGAGGAUUACACAAACUACUGGAUCCAUAGGUUCUUCCAUUGCAAAUGGGGUUAUGAGAAGAUUCACCAUAUCCAUCAUGAGUACACUGCUCCUAUAGGAUAUGCUGCUCCUUAUGCACAUUGGGCUGAGGUUUUGGUUCUUGGGAUCCCGACGUUUCUUGGACCGGCGAUUGCUCCUGGCCACAUGAUUACCUUUUGGUUGUGGAUAGCUUUACGCCAAAUUGAAGCCAUUGAAACUCACAGCGGAUAUGAUUUUCCAUGGACUCUGACAAAAUACAUUCCGUUCUAUGGUGGAGCUGAGUAUCAUGAUUAUCAUCACUACGUUGGAGGACAAAGCCAGAGCAACUUCGCUUCAGUUUUCACUUACUGCGAUUACAUCUACGGAACUGACAAAGGUUACCGAUUUCAAAAGAAGCUUCUUCAGCAGAUCAAGGAGGAGUCGAAGAAGAGCAACAAGCAGAAUGGAGGAGAGAAAUUCGAUUAGUGCAACUACUCCUCACGAGGAUUGAAGUUUCUAUCAGGUGAUAAAGCAGACGCAGCUUUACUUAUCAUAAGUCAUAAGCAAUCUACUAAUCUCAAAAGUCAAGACUCACAAAAGAAAGUGUAGUUAGUCCUCCUCUUUUCUGAUCUGUCUUGUUUCACAUGGAAAUGCUCCUUAACGACAUUUUCGAUCUGUGUGCGUCUUUCUCGAUCUAAAAGGUUUUUUUUUCUGGUUUCGAACUCUUAGGGAAGGCAUUAUAAUUCUGUAUGGUAGAUAAAAAAGAUCAGAAAGAAUCAUGUUAAAUCGUUGGUGAGUUUUUUUUUUUGUUCGUCUAUCUUUUUAGUUUUGUUUAAUUGUUUUUUUUUCAUUAAUGGAAUUGUAUUGUCAAGAGAAUCCUUCAUUUGGGUAAGCAACUUUGAUCAGUAAAGAUUGGUCAAGAAAUGAUACUAUAUUAACUUACAC